ACGGUUAGCCGCUAGCAUAGCCGUUCCUGUAGCGCAACCAUCCGCAGCAUCAUGGCGGAGAGAAGCCACUUAUCUGCGGCUCCGGCUACCGGCCACAGUCCGCAAGCGGGAACCACAGCCAGCUGGCCAAUUGUCAAGGAGGCGUACGAGCUGCAGGAUGUUAUAGGCAGUGGAGCCACAGCAGUAGUCCAGGCUGCUCUCUGCCUCCCUCGACAAGAACGUGUGGCCAUCAAGAGAAUCAACCUGGAGAAAUGCCAGACCAGCAUGGAUGAACUACUGAAAGAAAUCCAAGCCAUGAGCCAGUGCAGCCAUCCGAAUGUAGUGACCUAUUUUACCUCAUUUGUGGUGAAGGAUGAGCUUUGGUUGGUUAUGAAACUUAUGAGUGGAGGAUCAGUAUUGGACAUUAUAAAGCACACAUGUAGCAAAGGAGAGCACAAAAAUAGCGUACUGGAUGAAGCCACGAUAGCUACUAUUUUAAAAGAGGUCUUAGAGGGUCUUGAUUACCUGCACAGAAAUGGACAAAUUCACAGGGAUGUGAAAGCUGGGAACAUCCUGCUGGGAGAGGACGGCUCAGUGCAGAUAGCAGACUUCGGUGUGAGUGCAUUUCUGUCGACCGGAGGAGACGUAACCAGACAUAAAGUUAGGAAAACGUUUGUGGGAACUCCAUGUUGGAUGGCUCCAGAAGUGAUGGAACAGGUACGAGGUUAUGAUUUCAAAGCUGACAUUUGGAGUUUUGGGAUCACUGCCAUAGAAUUGGCCACAGGAUCUGCACCCUAUCAUCGAUACCCACCAAUGAAGGUCUUAAUGCUGACACUGCAGAAUGAUCCCCCAACCUUAGAGACAGAAGUGGAGGAUAAAGAGAUGCUCAAGAAAUAUGGGAAAUCUUUUAGGAAAUUAAUAACUCUGUGCCUUCAAAAGGACCCGACUAAGAGGCCAACUGCGUCAGAACUUUUGAAAUGUAAAUUCUUCCAAAAAGCCAAGAACCGGGAAUACUUGAUUGAAAAGCUGCUUUGUAAAGGACCAAAUAUAAGCCAAAGAGCUAAAAAGGUGAGACGAGUGCCAGGAUCAAGCGGUCGCUUGCACAAGACAGAGGAUGGAGACUGGGAAUGGAGUGAUGAUGAGAUGGAUGAAAGGAGUGAAGAAGGGAAGGCAGCUGUCAAUCAAGGAAGGUCACGGAGGGUCAAAGAUGAAAACCAGCAUGGGGAAGUGAAUGCCAACAAUGUCCCUAUAGAAGGCCUGUCCAUUCAGCAUCCCCAGAUUCAACCUCUGGAAAAAAGCCCCAGUACUCAGGGGGCUCUGAACAUGGUCCUGAGGCUAAGGAAUUCGAGGAAGGAGUUGAAUGACAUACGGUUUGAAUUCACUCCAGGCCGAGAUACUGCUGACGGUGUUUCUCAGGAGCUGUUUUCCGCUGGUCUAGUCAAUGGACAUGAUGUUGUAGUUGUUGCUGCUAACCUUCAGAAAAUUGUAGAAGACCCUGUUACUUAUAAGGUGUUGACCUUUAAACUGGCAUCUGGCUGUGACAGCACAGAGAUCCCUGACGAGGUGAAGCUAAUUGGCUUUGCCCAGCUCAGUGUUACCUGAUGGCGUACCUCUGAGGGUGGAGGAAGAGGAUGCGAGGAGGAAGACGGCUUUGAACAGAGAGACUGAAUGCUCAAGAAAGUGCAGAUUGGGGGUUUAGGAGCCAUCUUCAGCUUACUCCAAGCUCAAGCUCCUCUCUCAGCUCUAUCCUCUUUUUAAUUACCUUCUAACUGUCAAUAACUAAGCAUCGUCAAUAACUAAACACCACACACACACAUACAGUCAGCUUCCCUUGCCCUACAUUCUGCUCCUGCAAUGUCUUUCCUCAACAUUCCACCUCCCUCUCCCCUCAGCCCUGCUAACUUGAUGCUCUCAGGUGGCUAUAGCCAGCAAUCACAAAAACGAAUUAGAGUUUAUCUCUUUAUAAUUGUUACGUUUGCUUUCAACAAAGCUAUUAUUUUAUUAUUAUUUAUUGGGAAAAGCCUUCAAUUUCCUUUCCUUGGUUUCAAAGAUGAACUUUUUUGAUGCGCACAUCAACACUGCAAAUCUUGCUGUUAAGUGAGUUAAUUGAAGUCCUCCUUUCUUCCAAAUGUACUUUAUCUUAAUUAUGAGAAAAAAUAAGCACAUUAUUAUUCAUGAUUCUAUAAUGAACACUUUUAAAAGUGAACUGUACUGUAUGUACACAAAAUAUCUAAUCCACUAAGAACGAAUGAAACCGUUUCCCCCCACAGGAAGUAGGAGGCGAGAACCGAAUGCUGCCACGUGCAAAUGUACUUGCUUUUUUUUUCAGGACAGUGUUGACGCUUAACUGCUAGAGGUGCCUUGUUCAUUAAUCCGUGCCUAAGAACACAGGUAACAAGCCGAAGCUGUUUUAAGCAUAGACUGCUUUAUGUUGUUAAACCAAGCAGAAUUGCUUUCCAGCUGAUCGCUCCAUUUAAAAGUAUUUUCACUGGCAAAUGGCUUAUGUUGAAAUGACAAAGCUUUAAUGCACUUUGAUUUUGGAUUGUGCACUGUACACAUGCUUCUCCCCUGGAAAACCUCCAGAUUUAACCUCUAAAGCUUUGUUUUAUGACAGAAAGGUCAUUAGAACUGUAAUGCACACCUGAACUGUGAUAUGAUGGGGGGAAAAGCCAGCUGCUGAGUAUAAAGAAGUAGCCAGGAUAUCCCGCUGCAUUAGCCAGCAUGCAUCUGACUGAUUUUUAUAACAGAAAGAGGUUCAUAACCAAAAGAUGUCUACUGUAUGGGAGAUUAGUCAUGAUUCCGAAAACAAGUACAGUAAUUCCAGAUUACUCCAUUUUCAACUGUACUUGAAAAUAUAUGCUUAAUAUUACAAUAAAUAUUAUUUUAUGAAA